GCCCCCGUAGCGCUCUGUUGUCUCGGAAGCUCUUGCCUAGGCGACGGAAGAUCCCGAAGAUGGCGGCGGUAUCUGGGGUUUCGGUGCAAAGCAACAGUCCGGCAAGAGAGCUUGCUCUUGGGGCACAGUCUGGGGGAACACCGGCGACCGGAGAUCGGGUAAAAGCAGAGGAAGGGACUGAAGCGGAGAAGCAGAGCCGAGUGAACGUCUUGCUCGAGAAGCUGCACGCCAAGCACAACGCCGCUCGGCCAUGGCAGGAGACCAGCAAGGUGGUGCGGCAGGCCAUGGAGAAGCGCGGAGUGAUGAAUGCUGCCGGACACCAGCUCCUUCUCACCUGCCUGGAGACGCUGCAGAGAGCGCUGAAGGUGUCCUCACUGCCGUCCAUGACCGAUCGCCUGGAGUCCAUCGCUCGACAGAACGGGCUAGGCUCCCACCUGAGCCAUUCUGGGACGGAGUGCUACAUCACCUCCGACAUGUUCUACGUGGAGGUGCAGCUGGACGCCGGGGGACAGUUGGUGGACGUGAAGGUGGCGCAUCAUGGAGAGAACCCCGCGAGCUGUCCAGAGCUGGUUCAACAUCUCAGAGAGAAAAACUUUGAAGAGUUCUCCAAACAUCUCAAGGGUUUGGUCAACUUGUAUAAGCUUCCUGGAGACAAUAAGCUGAAAACCAAGAUGUACCUGGCGCUGCAGUCUCUGGAGCUGGACCUCACCAAGAUGAUGCACAUGUUCAGGUUGGCCACAAAUGCAAACACAGUAGAGACCAUUCUACAUGGCAGUGUGGGUCUGUUGACUGCUCGGAGUGGAGGUCAUCUGGUGUCCCUGCAGUGUUACGUGUCGCCGUACGACGUGUUUGAGGAGGGGACGGGAGCACUGCUCAACUUCACUGACUCUACUGUCCCUCGCUCUCUGGGCGUCAGCGUGUCGGUGACUGUAGAAGGAACCUGCUCUGUGUACAAGCUCCCCAUCGCGCCGCUGAUUACAGGCUCUCAUCCAGUGGACAAUAAAGGGACUCCCUCCUUCUCCUCUGUGACAAACUCCAACUGUGUUGACCUGCCGGCCUGUUUCUUCCUCAAAAUGAACCGGCCCACCCCGUUCUCGCUGUCCUUCAUACAGAGGAUGGGAAACACCACAGGUAUCCCCGUGUUUGAGAGCGCUCCUCCGCUGGCGCCCCUCUACGAGCUGAUCGUACAGAGCCAGCUGCAGGAGGAAGGGGGGGGUGCCCUGCCCCCCCACACGCACGCCAUGCGCUUCUACGCGUCCCUGCCUGGCCAGCAGCACUGUUACUUCCUGAACCGUGACGCGCCGGUGCAGGAUGGACGCUGCCUGCAGGGGGCGCUGGUGUCCAAGAUCCCCUUCCGGCACCCGGCUCAGGUGCCAGCGCUGCUGGACGUCAUCCGACACCAGGCCGCGUACAACACGCUCAUCGGGAGCUGCGUCAAACGCACCCUCAUCAAGGAAGACACGCCUGGGCUUCUGCAGUUUGAGGUGUGUCCUCUGACGGACUCGAGCUUCAGCGUGUCCUUCCAGCACCCAGUCAACGAAUCCCUGGUCUGCGUGGUAAUGGAGGUGCUUGACUCAAGGCAGGUGUCUUGUAAGCUCUACAAGGGCUUGUCUGAUGCUCUCAUCUGCACUGACGACUUCAUUACCAAGGUGGUCCAGAGGUGCAUGUCCAUCCCCGUGACCAUGCGGGCCAUCCGCCGCAAGGCCGAGACCAUCCAGGCUGACACCCCGGCCCUGUCGCUGAUAGCCGAAACCGUGGAGGACAUGGUGAAGAGGAACCUGCCUCCUGCCGGCAGCCCCGGCUGCGGCAUGGGCACGGGCGGCGGCGGCGGUGGCGGAAACGCAAUGGGCCUCCCCGGGCCCUCAGGGGGCAACACACCCACGGGAGGAAGCGGUGGGGGUGGUGCCGGGGGAGGUGGCUCGUUCUCUGGCCCGAUUACAUCGUUGUUCAAUAUGCCACGGGGCUCUGGGUCUGGGGGGGAGGGUAUGGGCCAGGUUGGAGGCGGGGGGCAACAGCAGCAGCUACAGCAGCAACAACAGCAGCAGCAGCAAAGCCAUGGGGAUGACUUCAGCAAAGUGACCCAGAACCCCAUCCUAACCAGCCUGCUGCAGAUCACAGGAAGUGUGGGCUCAAGCCCCACCCCUCAAGCUCCAUCUUCAGGGUCCCAGCCCCACCAGACCCCACCCCUCACAUCCUCCCCUGCCAGCAACACCAAGAACCACCCCAUGCUGAUGAACCUGCUGAAGGACAACCCCUCCCAGGACUUCACUACCCUCUACAGCUCAAGCCCCCUGGAGAGGCAGAAUUCAUCCUCUGGAUCGCCCCGUACUGACACUGCUGGUGCCGCGACUGGCAGCAAAGGUAAGAAGAAGCGCCCGAGAGGGGCAGAAAAAGGCGGGGCAGUUGCGGGAGGGAUGGGACUGAAGCAGCAGCAGCAGCAGGGCGGAGGGAUGCAACAGCACCACCACCCUCACCACCCCACUGAAGAUGACUUCCACCGCGAACUCUUCUCCAUGGACGUGGACUCCCAGAACAUCUUCGACGUCAACCUGCCGGGGGACGGGCUAGACACUCCCCACAGCAUCACUCCCGCGCCCAGCCAGUGUGGGACGCCACCGGCUGGCCCCGGGGUGCCGUACCACGCCCAGCCACACUCCCAGUCGCAGUCCCAGCCGCAACAGCCCCCAGGAUCCAGCCUCCCUCGCAUGGUUCGGCUGUCCAGCUCUGACAGCAUCGGGGCAGACAUUAACGAGAUCCUCUCCGACCUCCCAGAGCAGGCAGCGAAAGGGGGCAGCGGCAGCCAUGGUCAGCACCACCUGGGUGGGGAGGAAGGGGGACCCCUAGGCACCCCUUUGCGAGAUUCCUCCAGUUCGGGUCAGGGGAGCGCAGUGUUUGAGUCCGACCUGUUCAAUGCCGGCAGCAAUGAGAAUCCCUUUGGCGACCCAGCAGAACUCAUUGCCGAGGCAGCCACUGCAGCCACGCCAACCAGUGACUCCUCCUCCACUAACUUCUUCCCCGAUGCUGUAGACUUCAAUCCCGAGCUCUUAGCUGGACAGGGUUUCCCUCCAGCCUACUUUGACGACAGCCCCUCCAGUCCAAAUGAAGACCUGGACCUUGUGAAGAGCUUUGGCGGGAGCAGCCAGCAGAACACACCAUCGGGCACUCCCCAGAACCCCACCCCGCAUGGCCGCAGCACUCCUGACCCUUCCCUCAAGGACCCUUUUGACAUGGGUAUGGUUUUUGGGAGCGGCGGCGGAGGGGGCAAGCCGUUGCUCGGUCCGACCCCCGACCUGGGAGACCCCCACUCCUCUCAUUCGGGGGGUGGGCAGAGUCCUCUCAUGAUGGGCAUGGGAGGGGGGGGCAGCGAUUUUAAAAGCGCCGACUCUAAGGCCAAGCAGCAGCAGGUGAUGCGGGGGAAGGAGGACAACGGCAGUGGGGGCAGCUCGGGGUUAGGUAUGACAGGGGGGAGCUCAUCUGAUGCCAAACAGGCUAAGCGCAGCCGCACCCCCUCCAGCGAGGGAAAGCCAAAAGACAAGCCGCCCAAGCGCAAGAAGAUGGACCCGGAUGGAAAGUCACCGUCACACAGCUCAGGGGGCCGGCCCUAUACGCCACCGAGUGGGAGUGCAGGUUCAGGAGGGUCUGUGGGUGGAGGAGGAUCCAAAUCUCCUGGAAGCUCUGGGCGGUCACAGACGCCCCCUGGGGGUGCCACACCACCAAUACCCAAAAUCACCAUUCAGAUUCCUAAACUGUCAGGGGGUAAGACCUCUUCCCACGGGGGGUACACCUCCAGUAGCUCAGCGGGAGGAGGUACGGGGGGGACGGGGGUCAGUGGUGGAAGUAAGAGCCAUCAUUCCCACUCUUCCUCCUCAUCCUCGGGCAAAAUGAAGGCUAAGUCUGAGGGCUCCAUGGGACAGAGCAGCAGCUCAAAGCCAGGUGGCGGAGGAGGAAGUGGAGGAGGGAGCUCACAGUCGAAGGGUUCCUCCCAGGGGCUGGGUGUAGGCAAACCUGGCUCCUCCCCCAUAACAAAGCAUGGAUUGUCAGGGACUGGAAGUGGGGGCAGUGGAGGAGGAAGUGGGAGCAAGAUGAAACCUCAAGGGGGCAAGCCACCUGGGUCCCUCAUCAACCCAAACAUCAAGCCCAACAUUUCUCCUUCACACUCCCGUUCCAGUGGCUCUGACAAGCUCUCCUCUCCCAUGAAGCUCCAGCAGACUCAGGUCCCUGGUACGCCCCCGUCCUCCAAGGCCAAAUCUCCAAUGGGAUCUGGAGGCGGUGGCUCAGGAGGAUCCAAGUCUGCCUCUGGGGGUGGGAUGGGGUCUCAGAAGCAGCUGGGUGGAGGUUCUUCCUCUGGGUCCUCCUCCUCUUCCUCAUCCUCUUCCAGUUCCUCUUCGUCCUCCGGCUCUAUGUCCUUCUCUGCUGGGUCCCAGUCCCAGUAUGGUGGGAGUGGAGGUGGGGGAGGUGGUGGAGGUGGAGGUGGAGGGGGUGGGAAUAACCCAAAUGUCAAGGGAAAGUCUCCUAGCCGCAACAAAAAGCCAUCCCUAACUGCCGUCAUCGACAAAUUGAAAGGUGCUGGAGGGGGUGGAGUAGGGGGUGAAGAGGGCAGUGAAGGAGGUUGUGGUGGUGGGGGAGGAGGUGGAGGGGUUAGAGGUCCCCCUAAUAUUGUACCUCAGCCAUCUAAGCAUGGGAUGUCAUCGCAGGGUGGAGAUUACCUGAGCAAGCGAGAGAAGGUGGAGAAAGAGGGGAAGUCUAAGGUGUCAAUGUCAGGGGUUGGCUCAGGAGACAAGAAGCCACUGGACUCCAAAGGUGGAGGUGUGGGCAGCACCGGUGUGGCCAAGAUCAUCAUCAGCAAACAUGAUGGGGGUUCACCCAGUAUCAAGACCACGGUGACCCUCCAGAAGCCAGGCGAGGGGUCUGGCGAUGCCAUGCGCUCCCAGCACUCUGGCCUCAAAGCUUCGCCCUUCAGUGGGUCCACGCCCAAGCAUGAUCGCUCCUCUCCCAGUCACAGUCGUUCCCCAGGGUACACGCCUCUGAACCCCGACAGCGAGAGCGAAUCUGGAAGCAGCUCGGUGGCAGAGAAGUCCCACCAGAACAGCCCCAGCUCCGACGACGACCAGGCCUUGCGGCCCUUGCAGCCUCCGCUGGAGUACAUGAGCUCGGCACCAGUCAGCUCCGGGGAGAAGCACAAGAAGCACAAGAAGGAGAAGAAAAAGCAGAAGGAGAGGGAGCGCGAGAGGGACCGGGACAGAGACCGAGAGCGAGAUAAGGAAAAAAAGAAGUCGUCGUCAUCCUGCACCACCUCCUCGCACCCCAUGAAAGGCGACAGCUGGUCUCGGUCGCCUAUUUCGGCUCCUGACCCCUCCCUGUCUAUGCUGGGGUCGGAUCGACCAGCCCGACCCAGCCCCGCCUACCUGCGGACUGAAGACGAUGACCUCAUGGAUUCUGCCCUCACUGGCAACCUCGAACCUUUCAAAUAGAGGCAGCUUUUCAUCACUGUGUAGCCCACCCAUCUUCACACCGUGCAGUUGUAUGGGGGUAGGCUUUAAGCUCAUCUGAAAAUCCUGUUUUGUUACUUAGGGUGGCAAUAGCAGGUUUUCUGCUCCGUCAUGAAACAAAGACAGGCGGGGAAUAUUCCCACAAGCCAUCUGUGUUAAACAGGCCAGCCAAAGUUGUUCUUAAGGUGUGAGGGGGAAGGGUCAUCUUUCCAGGUCUUUCCCUUUUGUUUUCCAUUCAGAGAGUGAUGGAGCCUUUGGAAUUAGAAUUAGAAGUACUACGAUGAGAAUUUUUUAAACCCCCUUCAUAAUUAGUGUGGCCAAUUUAAAAACAGGACAGUGUUUUAGACAGUAUAUGGACAACCACUGUGCUGGAAUUAAGUUGAGAGAGCAGCCUGUUACUAUGUAAUCGCUGUGAAUCUAAUCAGGAUAACUGUAAGACCCAUUGAAUGAAAUGUGUUCAUUAAGGGAGUUUUUAUUAUUAUUAUUAUUUUUUUUUAUUUUUUAUUUUUUUUUAAUCUCUCCCAGUGUUGCCAAUUUUUUCUGCACUGUGAUAACUCAAGUGUAUGGUACUCUCAGCUAAUAAUGAUACUAAAUAUCAGAUUUAGUAGUUUUUUUUGUUGUUGUAUUUUUAGUCAGGAGAGCUUUCAUCAAAAUACUACUGAAUGAUUCUCUAUUUUUUUUAAAAACUAGCAUGCUGUCAUAUGAAAAAAAAAAGAAGUUUUUUUAUUUUAGUUUUUCUCCCUUUUCCCAGACAUUUAUUUCAAGGCUUGUAUAGUUUAUGUUAGCAAAAUUAUUGUACAGUGUUAAAGGCUUUUAAGCCCCCUCCCCCCUCCCCAUGUAAUUUCAAUGUCAACAGAGGUUUUGGAUUUUAAUACGUAGAAUCUUUUAUCAUGUUACAUUUUCCUUUAUGCACAGAUUUGUGUAAAUGAUUCUUAAGUAUUUUACACUGCUAUAUCAGCGAUAUUAAGACUUUUUUAUUUUGGAAAUGAGUACCUUUACUGGUUUUAAUUAAAUACUUCAUUGCAAAAAUCAA